AUGGUCUUGAACACAAUGCCAAUGCCAAUGCCAGUGCCCAUGCCAGUGCCCAUGCCUGUGCCCAGUCCUCCGGCCACCAAGUCCCGCGUGGCGAUCGACUGGGACAUCAACGACUCCAAGAUGCCGUCGGUGGGGGAGUUCGACGACUUCAACGACUGGGCCAACGGCCACUGUCGCCUCAUCUACUCCGUGCAGAGUGAUGAGGCGAGGAAGCAUGCCAGCGGCUGGGCCAUGCGCAACACCAACAACCACAACGUGAACAUCCUGAAGAAGAGCUGUCUGGGAGUGCUCCUCUGCAGUGCCAAGUGCAAGUUGCCCAAUGGAGCCAGUGUGCAUCUCAGGCCCGCCAUUUGCGACAAGGCCAGGAGGAAGCAGCAGGGCAAACAGUGUCCCAAUAGAAAUUGCAAUGGACGCUUGGAGAUCCAGGCCUGCCGCGGCCACUGCGGCUAUCCGGUGACCCACUUCUGGCGCCGGGACGGCAGCGGCAUCUACUUCCAGGCCAAGGGCACCCACGAUCACCCCAGACCCGAGGCCAAGGGCUCCACGGAGGCCAGACGGCUUUUGGCCGGAGGACGACGUGUGCGCAGCUUGGCCGUGAUGUUGGCCAGGGAAUCGGCACUGAGCGACAAGCUGAGCAGCCUGAGACCCACAAAACGGCAGGCCAAGACUCAGUCGAUCCAGGAGAGCAAGCGCAGGAGGACGGCUGCUGCCGAUGUGAACCAAACCAAGCAGGACUCGUUGGAAGCAGCCAGCUAUCUGCCCACAUCGACGCCCACACACAGCAGCAACUUCAAUCAAUCGCAGGGAUCAUAUGUGCCCGCAGGACUGGGAUCAGUGAGCAGCCAGUGGAACGGAGAGAUCUACUACGAAACGGAGGAUCCAGCCUAUGCCAGUGGAAUGUACUCCUACGACAUGCUCCACUCACCACUCUCCGCGCACAGCUCCACGGGCAGUUACUACCAGGAGAACAAGGCGCAGCAACUGCAGCACUCGCAGUACCAGCAGCAACUCUCUCCGCAGCAACAUGUCAGCACAGCCAGCUAUGAUCCCAGCCAGCCCAUCUCCUCCAGCCUGCAGUACGGAAUGCCCUUGUACGAGAGCUGCGACGAUACGUCCAGCUUGACCAGCAGCUCGGGCUACAGCUCCGAGGACUAUGGCUACUACAAUGGAUACCUACCCAACUCGCUGGACGUGAGCAACGGCAGCCAGGGGCAGAAUCCCAGCCAGGAUGGCAGUUUCUACACCACCAGCUCGGAGAUCUUCAGUGUGUUUGAGUCGACUCUAAAUGGCGGCGUGUCCAGUGGCGUGUCCAGUGGCGUCGAUCUCAUCUUUGACGAAGCAACCGCCUACCAGCAACAUCAGCAACCGAGCAACUUCCUGCAGCUCGCCAGCUACCAAGGACAGGAGCCGCAGGAUCAGCUGCAGUCCGCCGACUACUACUACAGCAACACGGGUGUGGACAACUCGUGGAACAUCCAAAUGGACGCGACAUAUCACCAUCACCAGUCACCAGUCAGCAGCACGGAUCCCAUCUACUGCUAA